GGCCCCUCGAGAUUCAUUACACGCCCACAAAAGCGUCCCCCUUUCUCUCUGUUGCGCUGCGCUUCCCCUCAGAAUCCUACAUCUGUUUCUUUGGUGCGUCGGGGCUGUGCUGUAGCACACUAUCUUCUCGGCUCCGUACCUUCUGACCUUCCGCUUCUCGGCCCCUGAUAAAGCGCGCGCUCUCUCUGCCCCUUUCGAGGGGUUUAAGGCUUCAUGAUCGACCCCGAUGUUUCCGCCCUCGAAAGGGUCUCAUAGGGAAGACGAUUAUAUCGGCCUGCUUUAUCGGUCGCCUUGCAAGUCAAGUCAGAUUUCCCUUAAAUCUUGAUCUGCCAGUUUUAUGGUAUAAGCACAAAGUACCUGUUGCAUCUUCUUGUCAACUGUGAAGAUUAUUUAACCAGAUGGUUCCGGGAAAGUGGGAGAGAAGUAUAUUUUUACUUGUACUUUUGUUCGCAAAUGCAUCAGGUGUAUAUGUUGGAAUUAACAUUGGCAACAUGGUGUCGAACUUGCCAUCUGCAGCAGAUAUAGUAUCAAUUCUUAAAACACAGCAGAUCAAGCAUGUACGCUUGUUUGAUGCAAACCACCAAAUGCUGGGUGCCUUAGCAAACACUGGAAUAGACGUUAUGCUUGGUGUUCCCAAUGACCAGUUGCUACGGAUAGGAAACUCUCGGUCAGAAGCAGCAGAUUGGAUCAACAAAAAUGUUGCUGCGUUUGUUCCAGAAACUAACAUAACCUAUAUAGCUGUUGGUAAUGAGAUCCUGACUUCAAUUCCUAAUGCAGCUCUUGUUCUUGUCCCUGCUAUGCAAUUCCUCCAGUCUGCUCUUGUGGCAUCCAAUCUAAAUUCACAGGUCAAAGUUUCAAGUCCACUAUCCAUGGACAUGAUCCCAAAAUCUUUUCCCCCAUCUACUGCCACCUUCAACUCAUCAUGGAACUCUGUGAUGUCUCAGUACCUCCUAUUUUUGAAGAACACAGGAUCUCCUUUAAUGGUAAAUGCACAGCCAUACUAUGGUUACAUUAAAGGACAAGGAAUAUACCCACUGGAGUAUGCUCUUUUCCAGCCCUUAAAUCCAAACAAUCAGAUUGUGGAUCCCAACACAAAUUUCUACUACACCAAUAUGUUUGAUGCGAUGGUUGAUGCUGCUUAUUACUCGAUGCAGUCACUCAAUUUUACUGGUAUCCCUGUAAUUGUGACAGCAUCUGGAUGGCCAUCACAAGGUGGGGCAAAUGAGUCGGAUGCUACCGUCGACAAUGCAUUGAUCUACAACAGCAAUCUUGUCCAUCGUGUGCUAAAUAAUUCUGGUACUCCAAGUCAACCAACCACAGCAGUUAGCACAUAUAUCUAUGAAUUGUUCAAUGAGGAUCUCCGACCUGGACCUGUUUCGGAGAAAAACUGGGGGAUAUUUUUUUCAAAUGAGACUGCUGUAUAUUCUUUGAGUUUUGGAAAUCAAGCUGUGUCUAAACCCGACCCAACAGGUUUGGUUGGGGUAUUUUGUGUGGCAAAUCCCAGUGCAGACUCCAAUGCCCUGAAGAAGGGCUUAGAUUGGGCUUGUGGACCUGGUGAGGCAAAUUGCACUGCUAUCCUGCCAGGAGAGCCAUGCUAUGAUGCGAGCAAUCUAGUUGCCCUUGCAUCUUAUGCGUACAAUGAUUACUACCACCGAAUGAAGGCAAGUGGUGGAACGUGCAGUUUUGGUAACACAGCCAUGAUCAGCUCUACGAAUCCUACUUCUUCUCUGAUGCCUCUGCGACUACCUUUAUACAAUUGGUUGACGUGCAUGUUCCCUUUGGUUGGUUCAGGCCAUGGAUCAUGCAUCUUUGCUGGAAGCUCAGGACCGAGCAACAGCACCGAUUCCAGCUCAGCUUUUGGCCCUUCCAUCUCUUAUGGCGUCUCUCAAAAACUUCAACUCCUCUGCCUUGCUCUCAUACUUCAAAUUGUAUUGUGCUAUCUAUUUGAUAUUUAAACGUACAUUUGUUGUAAAUCGUCUUUUAUUUUCUUUGCAAAGAAGAUGAGGGCAGGGUGUAUCCCGCACCCAUCAUCUGACAUGUAGAGUCCAAUUGCUCAUACCUCAGGUGUUUAGUUUUUCCAUUC